GGGAGGGGGCGGCAGACGGCGGCGAGCAUAAAGAGGAUAGGAUAAUAUCGGUGCGCGUCCUCCUAGCGGAGGUGCCCUUUCGGAGGGGCCCGUAUACGCUCUCUCUCUCUCUGUCUCUCUCUUCUCUCACACACACUCACACUCUCUCUCUCUCUCUCUUUCUUCCUCCGUCUCGUUCCCUAUCUCACCCUCGCAGCCGAUCCGCUCGCGGCCGAAUCUGUACGAUAUGUAGUUAUGCCGAAGAAGGGCACGCGGCGUGUGAGGGAGCCGGGGAACACGAGAAGCGUCCAGCAGCAGCAUCAUCAUCAUCAUCGGCAUCAACCGCACGGAAGUGCGGCGGCGAUCGUUCCGGAAGUGGCCGAGCAGCACCAUCGCGGCGUAAACAUCGGGCCGACGUGCGGCAAGCGUUGGCAAUCCCUGAAGAGACGGCUGGGUCUGACGACGGACGAGGAUGUCGCGGUCUAUCUGCUGGAUCUCGCCGACUCCGUCGGCGCCACCAGGCAAGACGCCAAAUGCAACGGAGCGGAGAACUGGAAGGCGAAUCAGGUCGCAGAAGGUCACACUAAGGGGACUGUCAAGGUCGAGGCCGCAGACGAGGAAGAGGAGAAGGAGGAGCCUGCUUGCGGUGGACAGGAUGCCCCCGACUCGGACCCGCUCAAGAUGCGCGAGCCUUCUUCCGGUACAAUAAGCGGGACGGUGUCGUCGAAGGUGUUGAACGACGCGAUCAAGCUGCACGUGCGACGAAGCUCGAGGUCGAAGCAUCACAAGAGCAAGACGCGGCAUCACAAGGACAAGCGGAAGAGACGGCGACACUCGAAGAACGAGGAGAUCGCAGCGGAAUGCGUCAACGAGAACGCGUUGGAACAACAUGUCGGGCAGAACUGUACUCCGGUAAUAGAAAGCAAGGACUCGCGCGAUUGCGAGACCACGACGACGACGACGACGACGACGACGGUGAUAGUCAGUGAGUUAGACUCUAAAUUAAAACUAGACAUAAGCUUCGGAAUCAACGCGGAGGAUCCCCUUGAUUCCAUCACGACGAAGACUGAAUACGUAGAUAGCGUAAGGUUUAACGAUGUAAAUAAUACUGCGAAUAACGAUGCCAGAAACGACGUCGACGAUGAUGCGUCCGGCGAUCCGGCGAGGGAUCCCUUGGAGGACGAUAGAGUCCCUCAGCUGCACUUCAACGACGCUACGUCGUCGUCCUCGGCCAUUUUAAAACGCGAGUGCAAAGCUGAGGAUUUAAACGAGGACGUGGACUAUCUGUUGAACCCGGAAUCCAGUAUCGGGGAUAUCGUAGUGGCGCAAGCCGCAGAGAUUCCCGAAGAAGAGACCUCGAAAUCUCAAGACAAGACCGAACACGAGGACGCGACUCCCUUCUACGAAGCGUCGCAGAAGGACGACGAGCCCAAGAAGGCGGAGGAGGAUCGCAAACAGAGGAGGAGACGGAAGCGACCGCGCCACGACGAGCAAGCUGGCAAGAAUGCCUCGGCGAAGGACAGCGCUUCCGGAGGCAAGGUUCCGGACGCGGCGACGACGUCCAAGCAUCGGCGGAAGAAGCACAAACACGGGAACGAGCACAAGACCAAAAGGCACCACGACGUGCGAAAGGCGCCGCAGGACGGUAUCGUCCAGGAGGAGACCCAGGCCGUGAGGCGCAGGUCGCCCGAGGCCGAGCCGCCCUCGUCGACCGUGGGACCGGCUGGGAAGGUCGCCGAGAAGCCGGACGCGGUUCUGUCGGAGCCGCAAAGGCUAGCGAUCAAGAUCAAGCUCUGCCAAGAGUGCGAGGUGCCCCACCUGCAGGACGUCUGCCCUUUCACGGAGCCUCUUCACACGAUAGCCGACGCGAUCGCGUACGAGGACUGGCUGAGCAUGCACAAGCAGAAUCCCGAGGUGACGAAGGCCCUCAAGUCCGAGGAUCCCAUGUCCGAGGGUUAUGGAAGAUUGGCGGACGACGGCUUCGAAUCGGACGGCGACGAGUCUCUGGCCGCUAACGAGCAGUGCAAGACCAAGUCGAAGGCGCAGAGGGAGGAGAAGCAGUUGCUGGUGGACGCCGAGCGUCCUCUGUACGCGAGAGACUCCCUGCCGGACUGUCUGGAGCUGAAGAUCGCGAAUACCGAUCACGGCCUGAGCAUCUACGCCAGGAAACCGAUUCCGAUACGCGCCAAAUUGGGUCCCAUCGUCGGCAGCUCGGUGAAGGAGAUGGACAUCCCGGACGACUUCUCCAUGCGACACAUUUGGGAGAUAGAUCAUAAUGGGAAGAGUGUAUUUAUCAGUACUACAGAUCCGUUAAAGAGCAAUUGGAUGCGAUACCUCAGACCGGCAGAGACGAAGGAGAAGAGGAACGUCGCGAUGCUGACGACGAAGCAAGGUCAACUGUACUUUGUCACGACACAGAAUAUUCUGUCCGGGGUGGAGCUUACUUAUUGGUCGGACUCGCAAUCUUCCGCCUGGACGAGGAAGAAUAAAAUAGACAAGACAAAUUGUGGAGGAUGCAACCUUAAUUUUGCUCAUCCAAUAUAUUACCGAUUGCAUUGUUGCGUCUUUCAUGACAUGAAUUACAGUUUGACCAUAAGGAAAUAUCACUGCAAGGUUUGCGGCGCCGCUGUUCUCGGCAAGGACAAUAUCAUGAAGCACGCAGCGGAGUUGCACGGAGGUCGCGGCGCGUAUCAGUGUCAAUACUGCAAAAAGUUCUUCUUAAGACUGAAUUACUUGGAGAUGCAUAGAACUUACGGAUGCGCGCAGAAUCCGCAACGUUCGCGACCGCUCUGCGACUUCUGCGGUCGCAAAUUUUGUCAGCCGCAGAAACUCAAAGUGCACAUCAAAAGAAUGCACAGCGAAAUGUCCGAAGUGCUCAGGGAAUUUCAAUGUAAAUCGUGCUUGAAACUCUUGGGUUCGCGCGCGGCUCUGCAACGGCACAUGAAGGAGGUUCACCACAAAGACGUCGUCGCCGCGGCCACGUGUGAUCGUUGCGGAAAGAUGUUCCAGAACAAGAGCAACUUGAAGAUACACAUGCUGACUCACAGCGGCGUGAAACCGUUCAAAUGCAAAGAGAACAGCUGUAAGGCGGCUUUCACAACGAAACAGUGUCUGCAGUUUCACUACAAGAAGGUGCACGGCCUUACGGAAGAGAUGAUGCCCAAGAUCGAAAGAUCCGUGGCGUACACCUUCGACGCUUACAGCGGUGGGCUUGUCGAGGACGGUGGAAGAACCAGUCACGCCAGCAGAAGGAAUUCACAGGAUAACAGCAACAGUUUACCGUCCCUGGACGACUGCAGCUCGGAGAGCAGCUUGAAGGUCGAGACGGCGGCGCCGAAUUCCGCUCACAACGCCAUCAUGGAUUCAUUCCCUAGCGGGACGAAUACUACUAUAAUCAAGUAUAAGACGGAGCAGCAAGAGUCCCAGGUCCCGAGCCUGUCCGGCAGCCUCGACGUGACAACGACGACGCUGGAGAACGUGCGAACGGAGGUCGACAUAUACGGCACAACGAGGAUCCAGAGCAAGGGCAGCAAGAAGUGGCUGGGCGAGUAUCCGCCGCCUACGUCAUCCGACAUGGCUCAGUUGCAGCCGAUAUCUUCCUCCGAGGUGUACGAUUUCGAGGACGGGAGAAAGGAGGUCGGCAACGAGAAGGUGAUCUCCCGCACAUCGAACCUGGUGAUGGAUAACAAGCUGGGCUUGAGCGUGUAUCGCAGAACCGAGAGCGCGAACGCGAGUCUGCUGGUCGAAGCGGCCUUGGACGCCGCCGAGAGGGAUAUAGGAGCGGUGUCGAGCCCGAUCCUGGAAGAUAACGACCGCGAGGCCCAGCUGUACACCAUCUCGAGCCAGCUGCAGUCGCCGAUGCCGCAGUCCCGGUCGCCGAAUCACAUGGACACGUACAUCCAGCAGCAGGAGGAGCUGAUGUCGCCAGCACCGACAUCCGACGAUCGACACACUCCUCCCGGCCACCUGCACGUGGACUAUCACCUGCACCGACCCACAGUCGACUACAUCAACGUGUCGAGGACGCACAACAUUGAGCAGUACCUGCACCACGAGGAGCUGCCGCGCGUCUCCUCGCCGAAUUACAUCCACCUGCAGCAGGAGGACAUGGUAUCGCCGUCGGCCACGCCGAACCCGCGCUACCAGGACGUGCACCAUCACCAUCACCACCACCAUCACCAUCACCAGGUGCCCACGGACAAUCUGUCGAGCGACGAGGGCGACUCGGUGGCGCAAAAUCUUAGUCUCUCCGUGAAGGAGAAGGCGCUGCAGCUCGACCUGUCGACGUCCUACAAGUAUGACUCGCUCGGCGAGCAGGACUUCGCUCGGGAGAGAUCCAACUUCGAUCCGCUGAUGCUGAACACCGGCGAGCUCCAGGGUCUGGAUAUGUCGGCCCGGGGUUUCCACCACAACUUCGGCGCCCAAGUGCAGAACACGCGCUACCACCACCACCAUCAUCUCUACGACAUCGGCGAGCGGCAGAGCGUGGACCUCAGCAGAACCGGCAGCUACCCGAUGUCGUCGCCUCCACCGCCGCCUCCGCCGCCGCCAUAUCCGUCGCACAGCGACGUGUUGCGGGUGGUCAGUUUGGAUCUUACCCCGGGCGGCCGGCACAGCGUCGAUCUUAGCCUCUCCAGGUCGCACCACCUCCACGGAUCUGGUACCCGGGUCAUCACCAGCCCGCAACCGGCCGGCUCGGUUGCGACGCACGUAGUACCUGACGCCGGCGAAGGUCCCCGAAUACUCUCCCCGCCCCCACCUCCACCGGGAUACAAUCCCAGUUAUCCAGUCAGUCCGGCCCCCUAUCAUCCUCCGAGACCCGGGUACCAUCACUAUCCAGGUUAUUAUUGAUCCUUGUUGACCUUGCUCAAGGUCAUCGCGGCGAUUCAAGGUUUUUUCAAGGUCAUCGCGGCGAUUCGAGGUUUUUUCGUUAAGUUUUAUUUCGUGUAUUCGCAAACGUGUCUGCAAUUUUUUUUUAUUGUUUAUCAAAAGAAUUUAUAUAUGUAUAUAUUCAGGGUGUUCGCGAAAUAAUUUGGACAAAUUUGUAGGACGAAUAAAAAAAAGUUUAUAUGUAUUACGUACCAUGUAUGAACUUUUUUUACAUGAGGAGUAGGGUUUAGAAAUUUGUUCGAGUUUUUCUUGAACACCCGGUAUAUAGAUGUUGGUGAUUUAAAUUCGCACAUUGUUUUACGUUGUGAUAUGUCCGGAUGAAAGACGGAAACUGCCAUUUUCAUACGUUGUUUAUAAAGUAUAUAGUUCGAAAACGUAAUAUUUUAUUCUCGUAGUCAGUUCAGGUUUUAAAAAUACAGAAAAAACUGUUUACGCGGUGUGAGGAAAAAAGAGCGAUUUCGAAAAAAGCAAAAGUUUUUCGAUUAAAAGAGAUAUUAAUAAAAAAAAAUUAGUGAGUAUCUUAUAAUCAUAAAUGUGAUUAAAUGCGUUUAAAUGCGAUAAAUAUACAGCAAAAGCGUGCAUCCAUGACGUGUUUUAGAGAGGAUGUUAUUUUUUUAAAAAAAAUUAGCCCGAGAAAAAAUUUAUUCCACACGAGAAUGAUGGACCGAAAGACGAGAGUUAAUUUUAAUCUCCGCGUAAUUGUGUAUAGCUGUUAAAUUAUUUAUUCUUUAUUACCUUCCUCUAAUAAGCAGUAUACAUGUAUGCAGAAACAGUAUGAUGUGUAUGAUGAGUAUAUCGUAUAUAUAAUAUAAAUAUAUAGAAUGGUCGUUGCGAAAUUGAAAAAAAGAAAGCAGAGAUACAUCGUGAUCCAGUGCCACGUCCGUCAGUGAUAAGUAAAAUUAUUAAGAAGUUGUUAUUUAGCUCUUAGCUUAUAUAUAUUCUUCUAUUUCGGAUCUAUACUUCAUUCAGAAAUACUCCGUGUGUAUAACGUGGCUUUGGUGAUAAUUGCAGCAUCCCAGAUAGUCUCUGCAAAGACCAUUUUCAAUAUGUAUGUAUAUACAGAGUGGGCCAUUUUUGUUUGACUUCAAGGGAGACACAAGCGAUAUCAAUGAGUUUACAUUUGGCGUCACUUUGAGAAAUUUAAUCAUUUUCUUUAAACAAAAGUUUAUAUUCUAAAGUUUAAAAAAUUAUUAACUCAUGGAAAAAUUAAAAAAAAAAGACACUCAACUAAUAUAUAUAUAUGGUUUUUAUCAACUUUUGCUAAACAAAAAUUAGUUUCUAUUUUCAAAAAAUUUUUCCAAGAUAGCGUCAUUUUUAAGAAAUUCACC